CUGGGACGACUCUUAUCGACGGUUCGCCUAUUAUCGAUAGUUUGCACAAUCGAUAGCUACCUAUAUGUGACCACCCACCUCUAAAUGUCUAGAAUACAAAAAUACAUAUAUUUGGAAACAAAGCAAGUGGAUUACCGACCAUGAAGAUUAAACAGGAGCUGGCUUCUGUCAAAGUGGAGCCCAUCGUUUACAAUGCUGCAUUGGACACCGAAGAAGAGGAUACCAUGAAUCAAUGCCAGCGGGAGCCUUACGAGUUAGCUGAUAACGAUCUUGACAUAAAAUUGGAAAACACAAACAGUGCAGAUGAACAGGAGGACGAUAACUAUGAGGCGAACACGGGAUUCCCCUUUAAAUGCGAGUUCUGUUCCAAAUCAUUCCGGCACAAAAGAAACCUCUGUGAGCACAACAAAAUCCAUACGAACGGUGCUCUAGAAGAUGAGUUCUCUACUAGUGACCUACAUCGUCACAAGUGUCCCCAUUGUCCAUCAUCCUUUGUUAGUAAUGCAUAUCUCACCAAGCACAUACGCAUCCAUACGGGGGAACGUCCGUAUAAGUGCAAUAUUUGUUCAUCCGCCUUCCGUGCCAGCGAUGCUUUAAAGCUGCAUAUACGUAUCCAUACGGGCGAGAAACCCUUCAAGUGUCCAGAUUGUGGAAAAUCUUUUUCGGACAAUCAUAAUUUGCUUAAGCAUCGUCGUCGUCAUACAAACGAAAGACCCUAUAAGUGCCCCCAUCCUGGUUGCAUCAAAGAUUUUCGAGAGAAACAUCAUAUGAAGCGGCAUCUGCAGACAAAGCACCAUAUGAAGGGUGACAACUACGACUCCAUGGGGGCUCAAUUGUCACCAAAUGCAUUUAAUCAGUGAGAACUACCAAAUGUAUCCAAAAACGAUUUUUGGAAUUUAAUUCCUAAGAACGAAUCUUAAUAUGUAUAUUUAAUAUUAUAUUUAGAUGGAAAUGUAUAUACCGCGUAUUAAGUGCCUAACCCACACAGUCCAUCUUCAUUAGAAUUAAAACUGGGCGGACUUAAAAAUAGAAUUUAUAGUAUACCAACUACUCAACAUAACGAAA